CAGAGAUCAAUAGAGAUUGGCCUUUAGUCUAAGUUUAAUUAAUUUACCAAUUAGAAUUUUGUAUUUAUCUAAUUAAUUAUUAAUAAAUAAUUAAAUAUUAUAUAUGUAGAUACACAUGUGAUAUUUUUAUUAUUAUUAUAUGUGUGAGUAUUUAGUCCCUACAACAAUUGUUGCAGCUGUCAUACUCCAAGGAGAGAGAAUGUGUGUAAAUCAUUAUUUGUAAACAUCGUAUAAAAAUAUGCCUAAUAAAUAUAUUCGCAUAGCUGAACACAAACGUGGUAAUUGGACUCAAGAGCAAUUGACAAAAGCUCUGGAAGCAAUAAAAAAUGAUAACAUGUCCAUUUAUCGUGCUGCUUCGUUAUACGGUGUACCUAGAAAAACAUUGGAGAGACGUUUUAAACAAAAUAAAUUCUUAAAAGGAGGCUUAGGUCCUGGAUGUACAUUUGGUUAUGAUAAUGAAAGACGACUUGCUAAUCAUAUAAUAAGAAUGCAAAGUAUGGGAUUUACGUUUACAAAAAAUGACUUAAGAAUAAUUGCAUAUAAAUUUGCACAACAUUUUGGUAUAAGACAUAAAUUUAAUGAAGAAAAACAAAAGGCAGGCUACGAUUUUAUUAAUGGAUUUCUAUCAAGAAAUCAAGACAUCAAAAUAAGUAGAUCAGAAGCCAUUUCUUCUGCUCCAAACCAAGAUAAAAAUCACAGUGACAUGAAUGAUUUUGGAUUAUUCAAUAAUACUUUAACUGAAAGCAAUUCAUUAAAUAGUUCAUUGAGUAUAUAUUCUUUGAAUAGUAAAUAUAAUGAUGAAAAUACAGUGAAAUCUGAACAAAUUGAAACUGAAUCUGAUUUAUUCGAAGAAGAAAGUAUUACGAUUAAACGGGAAGAUAUAGAAUCAAAAUAAAUAAAUAUGUAAUAACUUCUCACUGUAAAGUUAACAAUUAACAAUAUUUUGAAUUGUUAAGAAACUUUAAUCGAUCUAAAACUUAAUUACAUAAUUUAACUUUUUAACUGAAAAGUCGAAUUGUAAUAGAGAGAGUGUCUCUUAUAUAUUAAGACUUAAAAACACAGAUUAUUUGUGGUUUUUUAUUUAUAAAACUUUUGAACAUUCAUAUGUAUAUAUAACAUCUUAUUGCUGCAUAAAAUAACGAUAAACUUUAUCAUCAAAUAUUUCUAACUUCACUAGAUUCAUCAUAGACAUCAAUGUUUGUUAAUUGAGGCUCAUCAAAUUUAUGGAAAGUUUGACUCGACGAAAAUUUUUCCAACUUUCCUAUAAUCAACUUUUGUAAUCGAUUGAUCAAAUAAGGAUAAGACUCAAUAAUUUUUAAAAAAUCAUCACGAUGAAGUAAAUAAACUUCACAAGUCUCCAUUGCAA